CUCCGCAUCCAACCCGCACGGCCGCCAACUUCUCUGGAUGGGACCAGAAGUUUCUAGCCGGCCAGUUGCUACCUCCCUUUAUCUCCUCCUUCCCCUUUGGCAGCGAGGAGGCUAUUUCCAGACACUUCCACCCCUCUCCGGCCACGUCACCCCGUCCUUUAAUUCAUAAAGGUGCCCGGCGCCGGCUUCCCGGACACGUCGGCGGCCCGCAGACCUCUCGCUCCACCGGCGGCGGCCAAGUGUCCGCACCCGCGACCCCGCGUCCCGCGGCCGCUGCGGCCCGACCCCGACCCAGCAUGAGCGCUGCCACCCACUCACCCAUGGUGCAGAUGGCGUCCGGCAACGGCGCCGGUGACCGCGACCCCCUGCCCCCCGGCUGGGAGAUCAAGAUCGACCCGCAGACCGGCUGGCCCUUUUUCGUGGACCACAACAGUCGCACCACGACGUGGAACGACCCGCGCGUGCCCCCCGAGGGUCCCAAGGACACUUCAUCUUCUGCCAAUGGCCCUUCCCGGGAGGGCUCCAGGCUGCUGCCCACUAGGGAAGGCCACCCUGUGUACCCCCAGCUCCGACCAGGCUACAUUCCCAUUCCCGUCCUCCACGAAGGGGCUGAGAACCGGCAGACGCACCCUUUCCAUGCCUAUCCCCAGCCUGGGGUGCAGCGAUUCAGAACUGAGGCAGCCGCGGCUGCUCCUCAGAGGUCCCAGUCACCUCUUCGGAGCAUGCCAGAAGCCACCCAGCCAGACAGACAGUGUGGACAGGUGGCAGCAACUGCAGCUGCUCAGCCCCCAGCCUCCCAUGGACCUGAGAGGUCCCAGUCUCCAGCUGCCUCGGACUGCUCAUCCUCAUCCUCCUCAGCCAGCCUGCCCUCCUCUGGCAGGAGCAGCCUGGGCAGUCACCAGCUGCCUCGGGGCUACAUCCCCAUCCCAGUGAUACACGAGCAGAAUGUCACCCGGCCAGCUGCCCAGCCCUCCCUCCACCAAGCCCAGAAGACCCACUACCCAGCUCAGCAGGGUGAAUACCAGACCCACCAGCCUGUGUAUCACAAGAUCCAGGGUGAUGAGUGGGAGCCCCGGCCUGUGAGGGCAGCCUCCCCAUUCAGGUCACCAGUGCGGGGUGCAUCUAGCCGGGAGGGCUCGCCAGCCAGAAGCAACACACCAGUGCACUCCCCGUCGCCCAUCCGCGUGCACACCGUGGUUGACAGGCCGCAGCAGCCCAUGACCCAUCGAGAAUCCCCACCUGUUGCUCAACCUGAAAACAAACCGGAAAGUAAGCCAGGCCCAGCUGGACCAGAUCUCCUUCCUGGACACAUCCCGAUUCAAGUGAUCCGCAAGGAGGCAGAUUCUAAACCUGUUUCCCAGAAGCCACCACCUGCCUCUGAGAAGGUGGAAGUAAAGGUUCCCUCUGCUCCAAUUCCUUGUCCUGCUCCCAGCCCUGCCCCUUCUGCAGUUCCCUCUUCCCCCAAGAAUGUGGCUGCAGAAGAGAAGGCAGCCCCCAGCCCUGCCCCCACAGAAGUUGCACCCCCCAAACCAGGAGAGGCUGAGGUCCCCCCAAAACAUCCAGGUGUGCUUAAGGUGGAAGCCAUCUUAGAGAAGGUGCAAGGGCUGGAACAGGCUGUAGACAACUUUGAAGGCAAGAAGACUGACAAAAAGUACCUGAUGAUUGAAGAGUAUUUGACCAAAGAGCUGCUGGCCCUGGAUUCUGUGGACCCUGAAGGACGAGCUGAUGUGCGUCAGGCCAGGAGAGAUGGUGUCAGGAAGGUUCAGACCAUCUUGGAAAAACUCGAACAGAAAGCAAUCGAUGUCCCAGGUCAAGUCCAGGUCUAUGAACUCCAGCCCAGCAACCUUGAAACUGAUCCACCACUGCAGGAGAUCAUGGGGAUGGGUACCACAGCAGCAGACAAGGGGAAGAAAGGUCCUGGAAGUGAAGAUGCCCAAACUGAAACCCAGCAGCCAGAAGCCAAAGAAGCAGCAGCUCCAAACCCCAGCAGCACAACAGACUCAGCUGGCACCCCAGCAGCAGCACCAUAGUCCCCACUAGACAAGAAUCAGCCUCGGAGACUGGAACUGUUGUGUGUGCAUUAGGGAGUUUUAAGUUGCAUGCAUUUCAGGGACUUUAAGUCAGGUGGUUUUUAUUUUUUGUAGGCGUUUGGUACGCAGUAACUUGGGUGGAGGCAAAACACUAAUAAAAGGGCUAAAAGGAAAAAGAAGCUUUUCUUCUGUAUUCUUACUCUGUAUAAAUAAAGAAGUUGCUUGUUUCAGAAGUUUAACCCCAUUGCUUGUUGUUUUGGGCCCCUUUCUGUGCAUGGGCACCACCUGUUCACUGUGGUUGUGAGCUGUCUUUCUGUAGCUCUGGACUGAGGAGUUUUGCAGGGGGAGAUGGGGAGUCUGUUUCCCAUCACAUAAAUAUAAAAUCCAUUUUUUCAGAAAUGUUGCCAUUGCUGUAAUGGGAUGAUUUUCAUCUCAGAGUUCAAAUAUCUAACUUUUAGAUAGAAUAAGAUGUAAAGAGCUGUAGGCACAUCUGUAUGUUGGACAACUUUAAUGUUACAUCUGAAGAAAAGGAAAAUAAAGUAAUUAUAGAACUCCA